AUGACAACAGAAAAGGCCUCCUUAUUAGGGGAUGAACGAAUGUCGUUAUAUAAUACAAAAAAGAAGAGUUCAUUCGGGAAAUACUUGAAGUAUUUGACUCAUGUGGUGGUAAUUAUUGGCACUGUGUACUUGUGCUUAUCGAACAUGACGGGGUCGGAGCCGGUCGGAGUUGAUACCAACAAGAAGAAAAACGUCAUAUUCAUGGUUACAGAUGGUAUGGGGCCCGCAUCGUUAUCGCUCGCAAGAUCUUUCAAACAGUUCAGAGAUCAACUCCCUAUGGAUGAUGUUUUGCAAUUAGAUCAACAUUUAGUGGGAUCAUCGAGAACAAGGUCUAAUUCGUCUCUCAUUACAGAUUCGGCGGCUGGUGCCACUGCUUUUUCAUGUGGAUUGAAGUCGUACAACGGAGCCAUCGGAGUUUCAUCAGAUUCUGAGCCAUGCGGAACGAUUUUGGAGGCUUUGAAGCUCCAGGGGUAUAUGACGGGGUUGGUUGUUACUACGAGGAUAACUGACGCUACACCAGCGGCUUUCAGCUCGCAUGUGGACCAGAGAUUCCAAGAAGAUAUGAUUGCUGAACAACAGUUGGGUGAAUAUCCUUUGGGGCGUAUGGUAGAUUUGAUAAUCGGGGGAGGAAGAUGUCAUUUUUUACCAAAGUCACAAAAGGGUGGAUGUCGUUCAGAUGAUAGAAAUUUGGUUGAGGAAGCACAGCAUGAAAAGGGAUGGAACUAUGUGGGAAACCGUGAACAGUUUGAUGACUUGAAACAGGGCCAUAAUGUUCAGUUUCCUUUGUUGGGUUUAUUGGCCGACACUGAUAUUCCAUAUGACAUCGAUAGAGACCCAAAGGUCUAUCCGUCAUUGGCAGAACAGGUUAAGGUUGCAUUGACAGCUUUAUCGAAGGCUACCAAAGAUUCCGACAAGGGAUUCUUUUUGCUUAUCGAAGGCUCUCGUAUUGACCAUGCCGGUCACCACAACGAUCCAGCCGCCCAGGUUAGGGAAGUUUUGGCUUAUGACGAAGCAUUUAAAGAUGUGUUGAAAUUCAUUGAUGAAACCGAGACUGAUACAAUUGCGAUUUCUACUUCAGAUCAUGAAACUGGUGGUUUAGUUACAUCGAGACAAAAUAGUCCUCAUUACCCAGACUAUGUAUGGUAUCCAGAGGUUUUGUUGAAUAGCACGCACUCAGGUGAAUAUUUGUCAAGUAAAAUCGUCAACUUCACUUCCAGCACGGACGACGUUACUACGCUUGACAAGUUCAUUGCGAAGGAAAUCCUUGAAAAGGAUUUGGGAAUUAUGGACUACACACAAGAGGAAAUUGAAACUAUCAAACACUUCUCGAACGACCAGUCAAACUUAUUAUACGUUUUGAAUAACUUGGUUUCUGUGAGGUCGCAAACUGGGUGGACUACCCAUGGGCAUUCGGCUGUCGAUGUUAACAUUUAUGCAUACACCAAUUCGAAGCAGAUUAGUUCUCAAUUAAUAUCGAACAAGCCAUAUCAUGGUUUAUUAGGAAACCACGAAAAUAUUGAGAUCGGAGCAUUCAUGGAAUCAAUUACUGGUGUUGACUUAGAUAAAAUUACGAAAUUGAUCAAGAAGACAAAGCAUUCAAUUACAACAAAGUUUAAUUCCAUUCAGGUCGAUGAAAUGCAUCAUGGAGCUUAUUGA